AUGCACCAUGAUGAUCAACAAGGCGCUGGUACCACCAAUAAUAUUCAGAAUGAUCUGAAGGGCAGCAAUCAAAAACCUACUGGUGCUGUUGUGGAGCCAUCAUCACCUACACCUAUCGUUCGUGUAAUCAAAAAACCAAUUAUUAAUCUGGUAAAAGAGGAGAGGAAGAAAAUUGAUAAUUUGGAAGAUUUUAAAGAGAAGGGUGAACAGGAAACAGUUUCAAAUUUCAUCAUUCCAAUUAUAAUAUUUACCUACAAACGUGCGGAAUAUUUGAAAGAGACUAUUGAUACUGUUUUAAAGUAUAUGCCAUCUUCUGGAUUUCAUAUUUACGUUUCUCAGGAUGGAGAUGAUGAGAGUGUUAAAAAGGUUGUGGAUAGUUAUGGAAAUACCAUUAAGAAGCAUUUCCAAAGAGAGAGAAAUGUCAUUAUUCCUGAUAAAAUCUCCAAUGUUGUGGCAUACUACUCAAUUGCACAACAUUACAAAUAUGGAAUCAAUAAGGUUUUUGAAUCGGAUAAAACUUAUGACAGAAUAAUUAUAUUGGAAGAGGAUUUAAAAGUUUCUCAUGACUUUUUCGAUUACUUUUCAACCAUGUCAAGAUUACUUGAUCGAGAUACUUCAUUAUUCUGUGUUUCUGCUUGGAAUGAUAAUGGAUUGGAGGAAUUUGCACAAAAUCCUUCAUCAUUUUACAGAUCUGAUUUUUUUCCAGGUCUUGGUUGGAUGAUGAAAAGAAAAUUGUGGGAGGAAGAUUUUGAAGCCAAAUGGCCACUCGGAUUUUGGGAUGAUUGGAUCAGAGAAGGUCCGAACAGAAAGGGCAGAGCUUGUAUAAGGCCAGAAAUUUCCAGAACAUUUACAUUUGGAUUCAAAGGUGGAGCCAGCUCUAACCAGUUUUCAAAUUAUUUGAGUAAAAUCAAAUUGAAUACCGGAACAGUUGAUUGGAAUAAUUUUGAUAUUAAUUCUCUCGUGAAGAGCAAGUAUGAUGAGGAAUUGAUUGAUCAAGUCAAAUCAGCAACUCCAAUAACAAUACACGAUCUAAAUGAUGCCACCAGAGAGAAUACUAAAAUAAGAAUUGAGUACAAGAGUACAGAGGAGUAUUUAAAUGUAGCCAAGGUACUUGGAAUUAUGGCUGACAUUAAGGCAGGUGUGCCAAGAGGUGCUUACUUGGGUAUUGUUACAGUUAAACUGAAACGUGGAAAUGUAUUGUUCAUUACUCCUCCAACUUUUUCACCACAAACAUACACUAAUCUUCCUCCUUUCAAACUUACUCAAUAA